AUGGCCAUGGGCGGCUCUGAACUCCAGGGGACGUUUCACCAGCGGCCCAUGUGGACACAGCGAGAUGCCACAAGCUUGGCCCAAACCACGCCCUUCCAGCGGCAUGCGGCUGCCGGGCUUCCAUCAUCAGCCGUGCCGCCCCCGUCGAAGCACUCGACCUCCCGCCGGGCGCCGGGAGCGACGGUGCAGAUGGACCCGGCGGAGCGACAGGAAUAUUGGAGCGCUCUGAAGAGUAUGGCGCCGCCCUCCUGUGACAUCCGACAGGUGGACCGGAAGCGGCACGAGAAGGCCAUCAGCUAUCGCUUCUCCAGCGCCAGUCCACGCGAGCGUCCAGGUGCCCCACGCGAGUCCCGGUCGCAGGGCAGCCUGGAAUGCCGCUGGUCGAACGGAGCUCCAUCCAUCCGACGCGAGGAAUACUUCGAAAUGGCCCAGCCUUUGGUGCAGUUUUCGCCUGAGUGCUCUUGGCACUAUGAAGUGAUGGAGCAGCGUAAGGAUGCCAGGGAGUACGCGAAGCUGGUGGGUCGUCCCACUUCAGAUCGCCCGCGGGUCCACGGAGCUUCGCCGCGCCGUGGACCCGAACGUCCCAGCUCCGCCAAAGCGAGCUCAGCUCGGGCCAAAUCUGCGCAGUCGCCCAACCCUCGGCUCCUGCCACUGGCCCGGCGCUCACCAGUCCCACCGGCGCCGCGCAAAGCGGACGUGGCGGCGUCGCCGAUUACGGCGCCGGUGCCGCCGGGCUUCGAUCCGCGUGAGAAGAUGCUGAGUGACUUGAAAGUGAUGGUGGAUGAGCUGGUGAAGCAGAAAAGCGUUUUAGAAAAGCUGCGAGAGAAUCAGAUGGAGAUCCGGGAGGCGAGGAAAGAGAUGAGGACCGGCUCGCCUAGCCGCAGUCCCUAUGUCUCGACUGCCACCGGCUCUCCUUUGAGCGAGCCGGGCACCCCGGGGACGUUUGGAAGGUGCACGGCCAGACGUGUCAUUCGCAGCAUUGCCUCAACUGAGGCUACUCAUGUCGCCCACUUCGACAUUCUCGUGAAACUGCCAGGCGAACUGGCCUUGAUCCGGCCCCGACAAGAUCAUUGGCCCUGGUCCAGGAUCGAUAUGCUGGGCUUCUGGAUCGGAGAUGGGAUUUUUGAUCGCUUGCGACCCAGCGCCACCGCGGACCGCUUCAGCCGCCCCGAAUCACACGACCUGCUUCCGAACGGCGUUCCGUGGAAGCGGAGCCGAGCGGAUGACACCGAGCAUGGAGCCUCGCGCGCUAUGGCCACUUCACACGGGACAGGUCUCGGCGCGGUCGCUUGGGCUCCACAGGUCUCGGCAGACUACGAUCUCUUCAACCAAGGAAGCGCUGUGAAAUACUUCGAGGACCUCUUCUAUGAGCCCAGCGGUAGUCAGCUGAAGCCCUCCUUGAACGAGACGCAGAUGGAGGAAGUGGAGCUGCUGAGACACCAAGCUUAUGCCAAUCCCGUUUUGGCUUUGGCGGGUGCACAGGUCCUCUACAUGUUUGCCUGGUUCCGCAGUAGCGGUGAAAUCCUGCGGGCGAACGUGGCGAGUGCCGCGGAGCUCUUUGAGCGGAGCAUUUUUGCGAGCCCAUGCCAGCCGGAGAAUGAGUUCGAGGUCUGGCACGAGAAUGCCUGUGAUAUCCGCUGGACCCAUGCGAUCCUCCUGUACCACUGGCUGUCCCAGACGGAGCCUGGCUGGAGUCCCACUGCGCAGCUCUACGCACGGAAGUCCGAAGAUCUGUUCCAGGGGAUCAAGCGGGUGAAGAGGUACAGUGUGGCGGCGGAGGUGUGGAAGAGCCCAGCGCACAUCAACUUCAACAGUAUCAUCUUUGCAGGCAAGCCCUCGAGACCAGUGUGGAACACCCAGGAAGUGCCUCUGGGGCGCUGGCUGGAAGAGAUGCAUCCCAUCUUCAAAGCUGAGCUGGAUGCAAUUCUGGAGGAACCUGGUGAUGUCUUUGGGCAGCUCAUGCAGCUGGACCCUUCCCGUGAGCAUUUGGCCACUCCGGGCGGCUGGGACACCUUGCGGAUCGUGCGGUAUCACCACUGGUACGACAUUUUCUGCCAGUUGGCACCCGAGACCUGCGAGCUGAUCAAGACCCGGCCGGAGAUCAACGAGUGCAAGUUCAUGAACGUGAACUAUGUGCGCUUGAAUCCUGGAACCCACCUGAAGCCACACUAUGGCAACGGCCCACGGCUCUCAGCGCAUUUGUCGGUGAAGGCUCCAGAGCCGAUGAAGGCUGCACUGACCGUGGCAGAUCAACGGCGGCUUUGGGUGGAGGGUGAAGCCAUCGUGUUCGACGACACGUAUCCUCACAUGGUGAGCCAUUGGGGUGAACAGCCUCGGUAUGUGAUCCUUGUUUGGUUUUGCCAUCCCUGUGAUGGUGGCAAUCCUCAUAAUCAGACCUGCCCCAGCGAGUAG